AUGAUUUGCUUGAAAAAGAAUCCUAGGGGAUAUAAAGAUGAAGACAAAAAAAGUAAAGAAACAAAAGAAACAAAAAGAGCUAAUGCAAAGAUUGUUGUUGAUGAUGCUAAUGAAAAAUUAAUUGUUGAGAUUAAUGAAAAUACUAAAUUACCAUUAUUCCUUGGAAGAGAAGGAAAAGAAUUUAAAGAAGAUGGAACAUUUAUCAAUUUAAGACCAUUUACUGACUCAAAAACAGUUUCACAUCUCCAUGCUCAAAUUGAUUAUGACCCUAAACAACGGGUUUAUCAAUUACUAUCAAUUGGUAGAAAUGGAACACAUAUUGAUGGGGUUGCACAUGUUAAAGAACAAGGAGAAUGUCCUCUUAUUGACCGUGCUAUGAUUCAAAUUGGUGGUUUUAGAAUGAAAUUCGUGUAUUGUUAA